CGCCCCCAAAAUUCCCAAAAUACCCUUUUAAAACACUAACUAAAAAGUAAAAAAAAAAAACCCCUAUAUUUUAUCUAACUAUGCAAAUUAGCCCAUUAUAUAAUACACCCAUCAAUUGGGCCAACAAAACCCCAUUCUUUUUACACUCUCCAUCUUAUCUACUUAUAAACAAACCCAACAGAAAGCUCUUUCAAAGCAGGAGGAGGAGUCAAUACUUUAACACUAGCAAAAGUAAUAUUAGUAGAAGUGGUGUUUUUUUCAAAGGGAUGCCUUGCGAUUCAAUUGCUAAAACAUCUGGUGGUUAUGGUGGUGGUGAUGAGAACGGGUCUCUGAGGAAUUUCAAGCUGAAUGAAUCAACUUUUUUGGCUUCUUUGAUGCCUAAGAAAGAGAUUGGUGCUGAUCGCUUCAUUGAAGCUCACCCUCAAUAUGAUGGCCGUGGUACCAUCAUUGCUAUCUUUGAUUCUGGAGUUGACCCGGCUGCUUCUGGAUUAGAAGUGACAUCAGAUGGGAAGCCUAAAGUACUUGAUGUUAUUGAUUGCACCGGGAGUGGAGAUAUUGAUACUUCAAAAGUGGUGAAGGCUGAUGCAAAUGGUUGCAUACAAGGAGCUUUAGGGGCUUCUUUGGUUGUCAAUUCUUCAUGGAAGAAUCCUUCUGGUGAAUGGCACGUGGGUUAUAAGUUUUUAUUUGAGCUACUUACUGGCACAUUGACUUCCCGUUUGAAGAAAGAGAGAAAAAAGAAGUGGGAUGAGAAAAACCAAGAAGAAAUUGCCAAGGCUGUAAAGCAUCUGGAUGAAUUCAACCAGAAACACUCCAAUCCAGAGGACGCAGACUUGAAAAGGGUUCGUGAAGACCUUCAAAACAGAAUUGAUUUACUACGGAAACAGGCUGAUGUUUAUGAUGACAAGGGGCCUAUUAUAGAUGCUGUUGUAUGGCAUGACGGAGAGUUGUGGAGGGCUGCUCUUGACACACAGAGUCUUGAGGAUGACUCAGAUUGUGGAAAGCUAGCUAACUUUGUACCCCUUACAAAUUAUAGGAUUGAAAGGAAGUAUGGUGUGUUCAGCAAGUUAGAUGCCUGUACAUUUGUUCUUAAUGUUUAUAGUGAUGGGAACAUCUUAAGCAUUGUAACGGAUUGCUCUCCUCAUGGAACCCAUGUUGCGGGUAUUGCUACAGCCUUCCACCCAAAGGAGUCAUUAUUGAAUGGAGUUGCACCUGGGGCACAGUUGAUAUCUUGCAAAAUUGGCGACACACGUUUAGGUUCAAUGGAGACAGGCACUGGCUUGACACGGGCCCUAAUAGCUGCUGUGGAGCAUAAAUGUGAUCUCAUCAACAUGAGUUAUGGGGAACCUACAUUACUACCAGAUUAUGGCCGCUUCGUUGACCUUGUUAAUGAGGUGGUGAACAAGCACCGUCUUAUAUUUGUAAGCAGUGCUGGCAACAGUGGUCCAGCAUUAAGUACUGUUGGUGCUCCUGGUGGUACAAGUUCAAGCAUUAUAGGGGUUGGUGCAUAUGUCUCUCCUGCAAUGGCUGCAGGUGCUCAUUGUGUUGUUGAACCUCCUGCUGAGGGACUUGAAUACACUUGGUCAAGCCGAGGACCAACUUCUGAUGGAGAUCUUGGAGUAAGUAUAAGUGCUCCUGGAGGGGCUGUUGCUCCUGUCCCUACCUGGACUCUUCAAAAACGCAUGCUGAUGAAUGGAACAUCAAUGGCCUCUCCAUCUGCUUGUGGUGGAAUUGCUUUACUUAUCAGUGCAAUGAAGGCUGAGGGUAUUCCUGUAAGUCCAUACAGUGUAAGGAAGGCCCUUGAGAAUACAUCUGUUCCUGUAGGUGAAUCGCCAGCUGAUAAGCUAUCCACAGGACAGGGGCUUAUGCAAGUUGACAGGGCACAUGAAUAUAUAAGGCAGUCCCGGAAUAUUCCAUGUGUUUGGUAUGAAAUAAAGGUCAAUCAAUCUGGAAAAACAACUCCUACUUCACGAGGAAUCUACCUCAGGGAUGCAAGUGCUUGCAAGCAACCUACAGAGUGGACAGUGCAAGUCCAACCAAAGUUUCAUGAAGGUGCAAGUAAUUUGGAAGAAUUGGUUUGCUUCGAGGAAUGUAUUGAGUUACACUCUACUGAAAAGACUGUUGUGAGGGCUCCUGAGUAUCUCCUUCUCACUAACAAUGGACGCAGCUUCAACAUAGUGGUUGAUCCUACCAAGUUAAGUGAUGGUUUACAUUACUACGAAGUAUACGGGGUUGAUUGCAGAGCACCAUGGCGUGGUCCCAUUUUCAGGAUCCCAGUCACCAUAACAAAGCCUAUGGAAGUGAAGAAUCAGCCUCCAGUUGUCUCAUUUUCUGGGAUGUCUUUUCUGCCAGGGCACAUAGAAAGGAGAUACAUUGAAGUGCCGCUUGGUGCUACUUGGGUUGAGGCAACUAUGCGAACAUCAGGGUUUGAUACUACUCGACGAUUUUUUGUUGACACUGUUCAGAUUUGUCCCUUACAAAGACCUUUGAAGUGGGAGAGUGUUGUAACAUUUUCUUCUCCUACUGCCAAAAGUUUUGCAUUUCCUGUUGUGGGUGGUCAGACAAUGGAAUUAGCUGUUGCUCAGUUUUGGUCAAGUGGGAUAGGAAGUCAUGAAACCACUAUUGUAGACUUUGAGAUUGUGUUUCAUGGGAUUGCCAUCAAUAAAGAGGAAAUCAUUCUUGAUGGAAGUGAAGCCCCUGUAAGAAUUGAUGCUGAAGCUCUAUUGUCAUCUGAGAAACUCGCCCCUGCUGCUAUUCUGAAUAAGAUAAGAGUUCCAUAUCGACCCGUUGAUGCUAAACUUAGCACUCUUAUAGAGAGUCGCGACAAACUACCCUCUGGAAAACAGACACUGGCCCUGACGUUAACUUACAAGUUUAAAUUGGAAGAUGGAGCUGCAGUGAAGCCUCAAGUUCCAUUGCUUAAUAAUCGCAUUUAUGAUACAAAAUUUGAAUCACAAUUUUAUAUGAUUUCUGACACUAACAAGCGUGUAUAUGCUAUGGGUGAUGCCUAUCCUAAUGCUGCAAAACUUCCUAAGGGUGAAUACAAUUUACGGCUAUAUCUAAGGCAUGACAAUGUGCAAUAUUUGGAAAAGAUGAAGCAGUUGGUAUUGUUUAUUGAGAGAAACUUGGAUGGCAAGGAAGUCAUUCAAUUGAACUUUUUCUCCGAACCAGAUGGUCCUGUGAUGGGAAAUGGUGCUUUUAAGUCCUCAGUUUUAGUUCCAGGGAAGAAAGAAGCCAUUUACUUGGGCCCACCAGUGAAAGACAAGCUCCCUAAGAAUGCUCCACAAGGAUCUAUACUGCUGGGAUCAAUCUCAUAUGGAAAACUAUCAUUUGCUGGCGAGGAAGGGGGGAGAAGUCCACAAAAGAACCCUGCAUCUUACCGAAUCACUUAUGUUGUGCCACCAAAUAAGGUUGAUGAGGACAAGGGGAAAAGUUCUUCAACUAACUCGAAAACUGUGUCUGAGCGUUUAGAGGAGGAGGUUCGAGAUGCAAAGAUUAGAGUUGUUUCAAGCCUAAAACAAGACACUGAUGAAGAGCGCUCAGAAUGGAAAAAGUUAUCCGCAUCUCUUAAGUCUGAGUACCCAAACUAUACUCCACUACUUGCUAAGAUUUUGGAAGGCUUGCUUUCUCAGAGUAAUGUGGAAGAUAAAAUUCGUCAUCAUGAAGAGGUUAUAGAUGCAGCAAAUGAAGCAAUAGAUAGUAUUGACCAAGAUGAGGUGGCAAAGUUCUUUUUGCACAAGAGUGAUCCAGAAGAUGAGGAGGCAGAGAAAAUGAAAAAGAAAAUGGAGACAACCAGGGAUCAAUUGGCCGAGGCACUGUACCAAAAAGGGCUGGCAUUGAUGGAGAUUGAAUCUCUAAAGGGUGAGACAGCUGAAACGGAAGGGACAAAAGAUUUGUUCGAGGAUAAUUUCAAAGAGCUGCAAAAAUGGGUUGAUACAAAGUCCUCGAAAUAUGGCACCCUCUUAGUGCUACGUGAAAGACGACGAGGAAGGCUAGGAGCGGCACUAAAGGCAUUGAAUGAAAUGAUACAAGAUAAUGGAGAUCCACCCAAGAAGAAGCUGUAUGAACUGAAGCUCUCAUUGCUCGAUGAGAUUGGAUGGGAUCAUUUAACAACACACGAGAAAGAGUGGAUGCACGUUCGGUUCCCCCCAAGCUUGCCGCUUUUUUAAGUUUAUUUUAUGUUCACAAGAUUGAAUGAUAAUUAGGCUUCUGUAAGCACCCUGUUUUAUCCUGCACGAAUUUAGGCUGUAGACCUUUGUUCAUCACUUUUUUUAUUUUUUUUAAAAAUUCCAAGAAAAACAAAAGAGGAGAAAAAUGAAUCAAUCUUUAAUGCUUUGUAUCUUCAA